AUUUCGCUGAGUUGGUUGUACCUUUGUGCUGUGCAAACGAAUUGCAGGCUUACUUUGCGUGCUUCACUUCACCGAAACACUAAUGGAGCAAUUAAAAGCGAAAUUGGCGGUGGUGACCGGCGCCAGUUCGGGCAUUGGUGCCGCCAUUGUGCGCGAUCUAAUUGCAGCCGGUUUAAUUGUUAUCGGUUUGGCGCGACGUUACGAACGCGUCGAAGCGUUGCGCCAAGAGUUGCCCACCGCCGAGCAGCGUGCGCGCCUUCACGCCAUUAAAUGCAACAUUGCCGAUGCACAGGAUGUGGCGGAGACAUUUACGCGCAUCAUACGCGACCACGGACCCGUCUAUGUGUUGGUCAACAAUGCCGGUUGCUUGCGUUCCGGCCAAUUGGCGACGAUGGCCGAGUGCGAGGUGCAGGAGGUGUUGCAAACGAAUGUUAUGGGCGUGGUCAAUUGUACACGCCAUGUGUUUGCCUCUAUGCGGGCGCACCGUAUCCACGGGCAUGUGAUAUUGAUAAAUAGCAUUUGUGGACACAAGGUGCCGGUGAUACCGGGCCACAUGCCGACCUUGAACAUUUACCCGGCCACCAAGUUCGCGCUGACAGCGAUUAACGAGAUUUAUCGGCAGGAGUUCAAAGAGUUGGGUACCCGUGUGAAGGUGACGAGCAUCAGUCCGGGUCUCGUUGAUACGGAACUAAUAACAGAAGCUCAAAAAAAGAUUGUCGAUGGUAAAAUUCUUACACCAGAAAACGUUUCAGGCGCCGUAAUUUAUGUGCUCUCGCAGCCAUCAAAUGUACUAAUCCACGAGCUCAUAAUGAAACCGAUGGGUGAUAUGAUUUAAAUCAAUCAAAAGCUGUUUGCCGUUAUUUUCUAAACUCUUAUGCCUUCUUUUGUAAUCUAUUAGAGAAUUAUAAAUAUAUUGCAAAAAUAAUUAACAAAAUA